GGCGUCCAUCCAGCUGGCGGGGUGCCCCGGAGCUGCAGGCGAGGCCUCCCCCCAGGACACCCAGAGCUUGGGAGCGGCCGGCAGAGCCACUUCGUCGGUGCCCGUUGGUGCCCCAGCAGCACUGCAGCCGCCUGCACCACCAUGGACAGUGUCAGCACCGCCGUCCUGCUGCUGCUUCUGGCCUUCAUCCUAUUCUUCCUCAGGAUGGGCGCCAGGGACAAGGGCAAGCUGCCCCCCGGGCCCCGGCCCCUCCCUCUCCUGGGAAACCUGCUCCAACUGCGCUCCCAAGACAUGCUCACCUCCCUGACCAAGCUGAGCAAGGAGUACGGCUCCGUGUACACAGUGCAUCUCGGGCCCCGGCGGGUGGUGGUCCUCAGCGGGUACCAAACCGUGAAGGAGGCGCUGGUGGACCAGGGUGAGGAGUUCAGCGGCCGUGGGGACUAUCCCGUCUUCUACAACUUCACCAAGGGCAACGGCAUUGCCUUCUCCAAUGGGGAACGGUGGAAGGCCCUGAGAAGGUUCUCGGUCCAGAUUCUGCGAAACUUCGGGAUGGGCAAAAGGAGCAUCGAGGAGCGGAUUCUGGAGGAAGGCAGCUUCCUGCUGGCAGAGCUCCGCAAAACUGAUGGUGAGCCCUUCGACCCCACCUUCGUGCUGAGCCGCUCCGUUUCCAACAUCAUCUGCUCUGUGCUCUUCGGCAGCCGCUUCGACUACGACGAUGAGCGUCUUCUCACCAUCAUCCGCCUCAUCAAUGACAACUUCCAGAUCAUGAGCAGUCCCUGGGGAGAGUUCUACAACAUCUUUCCGGGCCUCCUGGAUUGGGUCCCUGGGCCACACCGCCGCCUCUUCCAGAACUAUGGGUGUAUGAAGGAACUCAUCGCCGGCAUCGUCCGCGAACACCAGGCCUCCCUCGACCCCAACUGUCCCCGGGACUUCAUUGAUUGUUUCCUCACCAAGAUGGCCCAGGAGAAGCAGGACCCGUUGAGCCACUUCUACAUGGACACGCUGCUGAUGACCACCCACAAUCUGCUCUUCGGUGGCACGGAGACGGUGGGCACCACGCUGCGCCACACCUUCCUGGUGCUCAUGAAGUACCCAAAAGUGCAAGCCCGAGUGCACGAGGAGAUCGACCGCGUGGUGGGACGCGCGCGGCUGCCCACGGUAGAGGACCGGGUGUCCAUGCCCUACACAGACGCCGUGAUCCACGAGGUGCAGCGCUUUGCAGACGUCAUCCCCAUGAACCUGCCGCACCGCGUCACUCGGGACACCAACUUCCGCGGCUUCGUGCUCCCCAAGGGCACGGAUGUCAUUACUCUUCUCAAUACAGUCCACUAUGACCCUAGUCAGUUCGUGACGCCCCAGGAAUUCAACCCUGAGCAUUUUCUGGAUGACAAUAAGUCCUUCAAGAAGAGCCCUGCCUUCAUGCCGUUUUCUGCAGGCCGCCGGCUGUGCCUGGGAGAGUCGCUGGCGCGCAUGGAGCUCUUCCUGUACCUCACGGCCAUCCUGCAGAACUUCACGCUGCAGCCGCUGGGGGCGCCCGAGGACAUCGACCUGACGCCGCUCAGCUCCGGGCUGGGCAACCUGCCGCGGCCCUUCCAGCUGAGCGUGCGCGCGCGCUGACCCGCGGGCCGCGCUUCUCCGCACCUGUCACAUGUCUCCACUCCACCCGCCGCCACGACACCCCCCGCCCCCCGAUCGCUCCCUCGUAACCGGGUCUGUGCCCCCAGAGGCAUAAGGAAAGGCAUGGGGAAGGGAGGACGCAUGCCUGCUUUUGCCCCAAUUGCUUCCAACCGCGCCUCUUAGGGGUGAUUUUGUAUCAAGUCCUA